AUGAGGCAUCAUACAGGAGAGAAAGCGUUUAGUUGCUCUGAGUGUGGUGAAAGAUUUAUCCAAAGGAGCAAUCUAAAUACACAUAUGAGGUGUCAUACAACAGAAAAAAAAAUGUUUAGUUGCUCUGAGUGUGGUAAAAGAUUUAACCAAAAGGGCAAUCUAAAUGUGCAUAUGAGGCGUCAUACAGGACAGAAACCAUUUAGUUGCUCUGAGUGUGGUAAAAGAUUUAUCCAAAGGAGCAAUCUAACUACACAUAUGAGGCGUCAUACAGGAGAGAAACCGUUUAGUUGCUCUGAGUGUGGGAAAGGAUUUAACCAAAACGGCACUCUAAAUAGACAUAUGAGGCGUCAUACAGGAGAGAAACCGUUUAGUUGCUCCGAGUGUGGUAAAAGAUUUAUCCAAAGGGGCACUCUAAAUACACAUAUGAGGUAUCAUACAGGAGAGAAAUUAUUUAGUUGCUCUGAGUGUGGUAAAAGAUAUAUCCAAAAGGGAACUCUAAAUAGACAUAUGAGGAGUCAUACAGGAGAGAAACCGUUUAGUUGCUCUGAGUGUGGUAAAAGAUUUAUCCAAAGAGGCAGUCUAACUACGCAUAUGAGGCGUCAUACAGGAGAGAAGCCGUUUAGUUGCUCUGAGUGUGGUAAAACAUACAACCAAAAGGGCAAUCUACAUAGACACAUGAGGAGUCAUACAGGAGAUAAACCGUUAAGUUGAUCUGAGUGUGUUAAGAGUCAUUCCUAUUUUACGAGACGUGAGGAUUCAUAAAGGAGAGAAAUGAUUCAUUUGCAACAACAUAUUUAUUAGGAUUUAUCAGCAGAUAUUCAUAUUAUACAUAUUCAUAGUAACAGUUUUAAGGAGACUAUUAACAGUUUUUCUACAUAAUUUAUCUAUCUUUCAUAGUGUCCUUCAUGUGACUUUAGGGUUACAGUGUAUUUCUUGCACUCAAAACAGGUCAAUCUGAGGAGGGCUGGUUUAGAGUAAAAAGGGUGCUGUUUUAAAUGAUCCUUGUCGUAUUUUGACCAAAACAUGUUACAGACAUUUCAUUAAGACCCCAAGGAACCAUAUCAACUCUGGUAAAAUGGGCAUACGAUGAGUCCUUUAAAACAAUGGUUUCUUGGUUCUUGAGAUAUAUGACAGUGUGUGUUCCCCUUUAAGUAUUGAAUAUGUUUCCAAGAAUAAAAGUUUAAUAAAAA